AAAUCAGCAAGCAAUAUUAAGCAACCAAAUCCAAUAGCAGAACUCGAUCGUGUUUGGCUUUCUUAGCAUAAAAGCCAGCUUGGAUACUCACAAUCACAAAAAUCAUUCUUCCCCUUCUAAUCUCACUACCAAGUCUCACCCACUCGCAAUGCCUGAAGGUACUAUGAGAGCUCUGUGGUACAACAAGCCACAAGACUUUGAGAUAAAGCAAGUCCCAAUACCCAAAGUCGGCGACGAUGACGUUCUCUUGAAAGUAUCGUGUUGCGGUGUGUGCGGCACAGACGGACACAUCCACGACGGGGAAUUCAUAUCCAAGUUCCCACUCAUCCCGGGUCAUGAAGCUAUCGGAAAAGUCGUCGAAAUGGGAAAGAACGUCAAAGGGUUCGAGAUCGGUGACCGUUGCGUCGCUGAUGUGGGCCUAACCUGCGAUAACUGCUUCUACUGCAGGCGCGGGAAUUCCCUCUUGUGUGAGAACUUCAACGCCAGAGGCGUUACUCUUGAUGGCGGCUUUGCCGAAUACAUCGUAUACCAUCAAAAGAAGCUAUACAAGAUCAAGCACCUCACAGAUGAAGAAUCCACCCUUCUAGAACCAGCCGCAUGCGCAAUACACGGCCUCGACAAACUCAACCCCCCCGUCGGCAUCGAAGUCCUCCUUCUCGGCGCAGGACCUACCGGUCUCAUCCUCGCACAGCUCCUCAAGCUCAACGGCGCCUCCCGCGUCGUCAUUGCUGCUAACAAAGGCAUCAAGAUGGACAUCGCGCGCCAACUCGAUGCUGGUGACGAAUACAUCGAGCUUGACCGCCAAAACCCCGAUGCGCAGUGGCAGAAGCUCAAAGACGAUAAUCCAUAUGGCUUCGAUGUGGUGGUGGAGGCUACGGGCGUGGAGAAGAUCGCGGAUAUGUCUAUUGGAUAUGUGAGGAGAGGUGGGACGUUGAUGAUAUAUGGGGUGUAUGAGAACAAGGCGCUCGUUCAUUGGCCACCGUCCAAGAUCUUUGGGGAUGAGAUUACUAUCAUCGGUUCCUUCUCGCAGACAUACUGCUUCCCACGAGCAGUCGCAUACCUCGAUAGCGGAAAGGUCAAGGUGAAGGGAAUGGUGACGGACGUGUUCAAGCUUGAGGAUUAUCAACUUGCUUUGGACAAGAUGAACAGCAGAGGAGCGCUGAAGAUCGCGAUCAAGCCAUGAGUGCGCUAUAGUCCGCAUCGUGCGCCCCGCAUCUCC